UUUGUUUCUAUCUUCAAAUUUUGGUGGGUUCCCUUCUUGGUUACAGAAAUGAGCUUAAAUUUGAAGCUACCGCUUUCUUUUAGGGUAAUAAUUAUGUAUCAGCUUCGGUUGGUGUUUUCGUUUGACCAUCCAAGACUCUUGCUUUCCAUUUGUGUUUUCACUAGUGAUACCCAAGCAAAGUUUCACAUCCGCGCUAGAUAAAUAGAUGAUCAUAAGUCGUUCUGAGUGAAACUAAAGUCACCAUGGAGAUAUGCGAAGAUUCGUUGGGACAACGAGUGACUUGCUUGUUAUUAGUAGUAACCGAAGUGGUGCCUCUUUGGGGAGCCUCGGAUUGAUGUUCCUUGGAUUGUUGGUUUUUGUUUGGAUUUGCUCUUUUGUUUCACAAGAUAUUUGAGGGCUUCUCACAUCCUCAAUCUAGCUUGCAUCUUUCUGUUUCUCUCUUUUUUGUCUUCUCCUUCCACCUUGUUUUUUGUUGUAACUAUUUAAUCCGCGGUUGUCCCUCUGGUUCUUAAUACAUCUCUUUAUGGAUUUUUACUGCUAUACUCUCUUGAUAUUUCAUAUAUCAAUGAAAUUGUUUCUUAUUCAAAAAAAAAAAAAAAACGCCAAAGCAGUGCCUCGUGUAGGCAUCAUAACCAAACUUAAGGAACAUGUUGAUGGGAUUUCUUGGGGCUGUUUACUCUUUUCCAUAUUCCUCAAUGCGUUGCUUGUUGUGAUGCCUCAGAUUCUUGUUGCCUCUUCUGAUUGGGAAGACUAUUCAUUGGGGAAGGAAGGUGCAGAAAGGUACAGAAUUCACAAUCUUCCUAAAGUUUCAGGUCCUGGAUUGUAUGAGCUUGGCAUUACUGUAUCUAGCUCCGGUUUAGGUCGUGAGAUAGCUAAACUAGACGCAGACUGGAUAGUUGUUGUCUACCUUGGCGAAGCUGACAACGUGAGAACACGAUUACAGCACUAUGGUCGCUCGGGUUCUCAUUUGGGCAAUGCCUAUUUCUGUGUUGUUGACUGUAAGGUUUUUCCUCUUGAAAAGGGACCCAGUUUAUUUCAAGAAAUGUUCUCAAGAGGGUACUCCAUUGUGUAUAGAUGGGCUCCUAUGAAAAACAAGAAGAAUGCUCAGAUGACUGAAACUCAACUGCUUAAAACAUUUGACUAUGCAUGGAAUACAAGUGGUAAUGGUGCACGGCGCCAUGACGAUGUACUAAAAAAACUUGAGAACAUCGCUUCACAAACUACAAAAUCUACCUUUAUUUCCAGAAAGCUUCUGCCUUUUACACAGAAGAAAAUGGGCAUCAAAAUUAAAACAAGCAAGUCAAUUCCAAUGGUGAACAAACCAGCUGAAGAUGCUGAGGAGAGGAACAAUUUCUUUUCUCGCAUUCUCAGUUUCAGCAGAUCUCGGCCUAGACUUGUUGACAACACUAAUGAUGUUAAUUGGGCAGAUAGCAAUAGCUGCGGAGUGGUCAUAGGUCAUAACGGUGAGGUUUGUAGGAAGCCCCAGUUGAAGGAAGAAAAAGGUGUGCUGAACAUAAAGGGAUGAAGAUUAAUGGAUUACUAAAGAACUCAUCUAGCAGAUUUAUUUUACAAAAGCCCGUGAAUGUAGGAACAACCAUAUAUGGUGAAAAAGACUUCUCUUGUAGUAAAUCUGAGAUUCCCAAUAGCACAGAAGAAUGCUCAGUUUCGAAUU